AUGUCACGAAUCCCGUUAGAUCUUGCCAAAGUGGGCAAUAGCAACGGUAGCCGCAGUUGGGCCCUGAGCGAUCACGAUCAUUCACCGCCAAACCAGCACAGUGGAGUUUUCGGGUCCGAGCAGGAACACGGCAGCGGCGAGCAAAAACAACAGCGACGCAUGGAUAUUGACCGCGACGAGGCUGAAGCAGGAUCAAUUUUGAUUUCUUUAGCCAGCUAUUCGCCCCACUGUCGUUCUCAAGAAGCCAGAAGGCCUUCUUUGGAUGAAAGUAGACGCCCUAUGUCAAUUCAAAGCUUGCUUGAUACAAAAUCGGACCAACGUAAUAUUUCAUCGACAUCGAGCCAUCAAGAGGUACACAUUACAAGCAGUCAAAAAGAAAGAUAA